AUGGUGAAAUUUGAUGCCAUAGGUGAAAAAGGGUAUUUCAGACUCGCAGUUUUCGAAGAAAUACACAACCACCUAAUGGUUCCGCCUCAAUACAGACACCUAUCAAAGCAGGAAAGGCAGCUCAAAUAUGCCGAACAACUGUUUGUGUACUAUGCAUCAGUAUGCAAUAUAGGACCAACCAAGGCACACCAGCUUUAUAGUAGCAUGAAAGGAUGUGACGAAAAUGUCAAUGGAACUGUAAACGAUUUCAGGAAUUGGUCACGGGACUUGAAUGUUUAUAUUAGUGAAAGCGAUUCACAAAUGCUGAUAAACAAAAUGGAAGAAAAGAAAGAGUAUUUCCCCGGUUUUUCGUUCUACUACAUGGCUAAAGAUAGCUUGUUGCACUUGUUGUUUUGGGCAGAUGAAGUUGCCAGGUGCAACUACAAGGAGUUCAAUGACUUUAAGUCAUUUGAUGCCACAUACCAAACAAACAGAUGCAACACGAUGUUUGUGCCUUUCACUAGCAUAGAUAACCGCGGUAAAUGUGUUACAUUUGGAGCGGGGAUCAUACACGAUGAAAGGCAGAAACUUACACUUAGCUGCUUAAUUGUUUCAUGGAGGCAUUCGGUUAAGGACGCGAUUCUAAGUAUUGAAGAUGAAGCAGAAAGAGAUUUUAAACAACGAUUUGACAGUAUUAUUAGGUCCUCCUGGAUACCGACUUAUUUUAUCGACACCUCAAUGUUUGGGCUCAUGCGAACGACCCCAAGAUCUAAAAGUGAGAAUGCCUUCUUCUCCCAUUUCACAAGAUCGGUUUCAAACUUGGUCAACUUUGUGAGUGGGUUCGAAUCGGUGAUGCUGAAGCAAAGGUCAAAGCAAGAGGAUUUGGAUGCCAAGACAAUUAAAACCACCAGAGAGUAUUGCACAAAGCUCAAAAUUGAAAGGGAUGACUAUAGAGGAGUCUGGGCAAGUUUCUGUCAUACCAGAGAAUCGGCAAGAUUAAAAGACUGUGCAAUACAAGCCGUAGAAGAUUGCAACGAUAACCUUGUACCCGAUGAGAAACUGCACGAAGAAUAUAUUGAAAAGGUUAAAGCAUUGAAGAGUGAUGUUGAGAAGAAAGUGCAAAAGACACCAAAGAAGAGGAAGGAAGAUACUAUGGCAGAUAUGAUUGGGACCAGGAGGCAUGACGAAAUCCUUAUAAACAACCCACCAUUCGGAUCAUACAAAGGCUGUGCGAAAAAAAGACGAAUAAUGGGAGGCAAAGAGGUGGGAAUAAAAGAAAGCCAGAAGAGAAAGAAGAUCUGUAUCAACUGUGGAGGUACAAAACACAAUGCAAGGAUGUGCGGUAAAGAACGAGUUACAAAGAAACAAAUCACUUCAACCGAGGCUGAGUAA